AUGGCGGCCGCUGGAGGACAGCAACCACCUCAAGGAACUGAUCAGAAUUUCGAUUACAUGUUCAAGUUGCUGAUCAUCGGCAAUUCAUCUGUUGGAAAAACCUCGUUCUUAUUCCGCUAUUGUGACGACUCAUUUACUUCAGCAUUCGUAUCCACAGUAGGAAUCGAUUUCAAGGUUAAAACAGUGUUUCGAGGUGACAAGCGCGUGAAACUUCAAAUAUGGGUGAGUCUUGUUCAAUCAAUUUGA